AUGUAUAUCUCUACAGUAAAUAUAACGCAUACCGUAAUGAGUACAUCCACCCUGACAAUAUUACACAAGCAAGGAGUUUUUGAUAUGGAUAGUAACGCCAUAUACAGAUCGUUAUUGGUGAUAGGUCUUCUUGUGGCGAUUAUUGGAGUUUGGAUUGUCAUCAAAAUUCUAAGAGUUAGGAAUAACGAAAUGCGUAUUCGACGUUACGAUAUUCUGUCAGCGAAACAGCUUGUUCCUAAUCAUAUUGGUUCUGAGGACAGCGAUGACGAAUUGUUUGCUCCAGUACGAAGGGAUGAUUCCAUCAGACAUCUUAUACCGGAGAACACACAUCGGUAG